AUGGUGAACGGGGUCUAUGUGGCCGGCCUGGCCCUCUAUAUGGUCCUCCUUCCUCUCACUAUCUACAACUUCUGGACCCAUCGCCAGGCCGGCUUGCUCGCCUGGUAUUAUCUCGCCGCUUUCUGCAUAUUGCGGAUCGUUGGCGGUGCCCUGGGUACCUCUCAGGGGGAUAGUCUAGCUGCCAGCAUCCUCAUCGGUGUUGGGACGUCCCCGCUACUCCUCAGUGUUGAUGGCCUCGUCCACGAAGCUCGCGCCUACCGCAAUCCCAACCAAAACAUCAGCAAAUGGCUCGGCUGGGGCUUCACCUACAUCAUCACGGCCCUGAUGGCCGCCGCAAUCGCCCUCACAGCCACAGGCGCCAUGGAUGUCUACAAGGGCAACCCCAGGCCCAACCCCACUAGCUUGUCCCAUUGGAAGCUCGGAUCGGCGCUGAUGAUCGUCGCCUGGGUGCUCGAGGUCGCCUGGACUUGCUUCUCUUUACUACCAUCUCAGGCGCGUAGAAACGCCCCGGCGUACUGGCAAGGGACUGUGAUUCUCGGCGGAACCCUAAUCGCUCUCUUCUUCCUCGGAAUCAGGGUAGUAUACGCCCAUGUAGCGGUUAUGACGCAACGGCAGGAGCUCAGCCCUGUGUAUGGGACGACCGCGGUGCGCUUGGUGCUCAUGUUCUUCCCUGAAGCUUUGACGACGAUUCUCAUCAUCUUUAUUGGGUUUGCGACGGGACGAAGUUCGUCUAGUUCUAGACCGCAUGGCCGGAGGAGGAUAUAG